AUGAAUUGGUCAGACCCGGACCUGGAUGAGGCAAUUUCACCGUUCGGUCGUCGUUUCGUGGUCCAGAUCUCUCUGCUCCUGCAGCUGGUGGCUGGUGUGGGCUCUGCUUUCUCACCCAACAUCUAUGUUUAUAUAGCGCUGAGAUUUUUGAGUGGAGCAUCCACCUCUGGUGUCAUCAUCAACGUAUAUGUCCUUGGGGCUGAAUGGACCGGUACCUCUAAACGGGCUCUGUUCAUCGUCAUCCCACACACUUUCUACUCAGUCGGACUGAUGAUGUUAUCAGGCGUCGCCUAUGGGAUCCGCAACUGGAGGAUCAUGCACUUGGUGCUCUUCAGCCCUAUCAUCCUGUCCUUCGGUCUCUUCCACUGGGUUCUCCCGGAGUCGGCCCGCUGGCUCAUGACGCAGGGUAGGAAGGAGGAGGCACGACAGGCGAUCCGGAAGGCAGCUGGGGUAAAUAGGAGGAAGGUCCCCGAAGCGCUGCUGGAUAAGCUGGAGGUGGAGACGACUCCUGAAGCAGGAAGCAUCCUGGACCUCUUCAGGGUAUCUUAUCUGAGAAAGUGUACUAUCAGUAUGGGCUGCAUUUGGUUUGCAAUAAGUGUGGUCUACUAUGGACUCAGCCUAAAUGUUGGCAACUUUGGCCUUGAUAUCUACCUCACUCAGUUCAUCUUCGGCAUUGUAGAAGUUCCUGCGCGUCUAGGCAGCGCGGUGAUUAUCGACCACUUUGGAAGGAGAAUAUGUCUGAUAGUUACCCUGGUGUGUGGGGGCGCCACGUGCCUGUCGAUCCUCGCUAUUCCAAAGGGUAUCCUCUAG